AUUGACGCUUGAAAAAAUAUAUAAAGCAUGCACGUCACUGAGAGCAAAGAUGCUGGUCGAAACAAAUGUGUUGGAACUUUUCUGAACAGCUGCAAAAUAAGGGCUUUUCACUGGGUUAAAUCUCAUUCCUUUUGCCCGAAUUGUAAUGAAUCAUUGAACUGUACUGCUGCUUUCAUUUUUCUCUGUAGAUAAAAAAGUCGAUUCUGUCCACAGGCUCCUAGGUGAAACGCUUUGAAGAACAGAGUUGACGUGCCUCUUUGCUUGAAGCACACAGAAGGUUUUUUAAAAUGUGUUGUUCAGCUGAGCUCGAGUAGAAGUGUUCGUUAACCAGUUUCGUCUCUCCCGUUAUAAUGUAGGCCUGCGAAGCUAAUUGCUUUCGAAACAUCGUUUUGUGUUGUGGAUGAUUGAGUUUUUGAACACGUUUUACACGAGCCAGUGAACCGGUUUAGGGGUAUCAAACAACGCGUAACAUUUAUUCGUUUCUUGUUUUUCGUCCGAGAGCACUUUUCUCGACACAGCGCGGACGUGUGACAGAAUGUGUCCGGAUUUAGCAGACAGCUGUCCGGCCGAGAACAGAGCCCGACCCGCGGGUGACGGCCUGUCCUCCGGCCACGGUACAUUGUUAUUGCCAAUACCCGACUUCUUGGAAAUGCGCACUCUCGAUGCCAAAGAAGUCAAACGUGGGAGCCUUCGUCACCAGUCUCGCUUUCCCUCUAAACCUCUCGGGAGUCUGAACUUGAAUUAAAACUUUGGUUAAUCUGUUUGCUGUAUACUGGUACAAGAGUUUGCCUAUCCCUUCUUAAACUAAACGUGAACCGAGACCGUACUUGGUGCGAGGUUUUUUUAAAAUCCGCUUUAUAGCAGCCGAGGCACCUCGAGGUGCUACAGCGCAUGCAAAACUCUCAUUUCACAGUACGUGUGAAGGGUUUGGAUGAAUGUGUUAAUAUUCUGCUGCAGUGCUUGCAGCUACAGUGCAUUUGCUUAAACGUUCUCACUUUGAUUUAUGGAUCAACAUCGACGUAAACUUGCAAUCACUUAACUUGUUAUAGUACAUUUAUUAGUAACAAGACACCUCUUUUUACCAGGUUAUUUUCUCAGAAAUCUUCAUACCUAGAACGCAUGUUAUAGCGUUCCUAUACCAUAAUAAAGGUGUGUGGAUUUAUGCAAUAUGCAGUCUGUUAUUUUUCGACAAUAGUCGUAUACGAUUUCAUUUAGGAAGUGUUACACAGGUCAGAUACUGCUGAGCGCAGAUCUCGCUAAGCAUGCAUUCCUAAAAGCCUAUACAUGUGGACUUCUUUGCAUUUAAGAUUAAGGUCAUUAAUAAAGCUUUCGUAUAAACCGCUGUGUUAUAUAUAGGUAAUAUGUUUAUUUUUCAAAGGACGUCGGUAGCGAUGCAUGGAAAAAUCAUUCAGCACAGUCCAGUCGUGCUUCUGUGCAACAUGCAGGCGGCUCUGUUUAUUCCAAAGAGAUCUGAAAUACAAUCUCGGUGACGUCAGCGUCUAGCAGCUAGACAGAUUGCUUUUGCCCGGGGAACAUCUGCUUUGGCUACAGCGGGCUCUAAGAACAAGAUCGAGGGGGACGAACGACAAAACGGGCUGUUUUUAUUCUAACCUGCUUGCUCGUGGAGGUGUACACCAGCCCUACAUACGGCGAGCAUGCAAACACAUAUGCGUGUAGGUCGAGAGAAACAGCACAUUCAGACAACGAUGCCGGCCUCGCAAAAGAAAGUAAAUGAUAAAAGUUCACCUUCCCUUUUUCCGGAGCCCGUAGUAGUACAGUAAUAUUGCUGAUGUAAGCAAAAUAGAACUUGUAUUUCUUUGUGCACGCCUUAUUGCGAAUGCCACUCUACCAUUCAGGAGAACGGUAACAUUUUGAAGCUACAAUGCGAUAUUAAUGCCUUUCUCUGGGAGCUUGCCGGGAAUUAAGAGAGGGCAAUGCUGCACAUAGCAGACUGUCAGCAGUGCCCCGUUUUUAAACCUGAUCGAUUUCUGUGCAGUAAAGCCAUUUACAACGCGGAGGGGAGGGGUUGGAGCAUGCGCCGUCGGAGAGCAACAAGUGGCAUGUCAGUUUGUGAGAGGAACUGCGGAGCGUGGUGCUGACGUCACGGCCCCAGCCAGGUGGCAUUCCAAGUGGAGAGAGAGCGUAGAGUCACAAUCAGAAUUCAAAAUCAGAAUUUCGAGUCAGAAUGUGAGGCGCGCGUGUUGUAAAUGUGAAACCUGCAAGCUCAGAACCCCAGUCACACACAUUUCACACGGUACCGGAGAUCAAGAGAGGGAAGAGCGGUUGUGUGCACACAGCGGGGCCGAAAAGGAGGAUUUCCCGAGAAAGCAACACGGACUGAGACUUGCAGCAGCAGCGGCAGCAACAACAACAACAAAAAAAAAAAAGGGGAGCGAAACGGGCAAUCAACAUGUCUUCUGCACAAGUCUCAUCUUCCAGGAGACAGUCGUGCUACCUCUGCGAUUUGCCCCGCAUGCCGUGGGCUAUGAUUUGGGAUUUUACCGAGCCAGUCUGCAGGGGAUGCGUGAACUACGAAGGCGCCGAUCGGAUCGAGUUUGUGAUCGAGACCGCCCGCCAGCUGAAGCGCGCUCAUGGCUUCCAGGACGGGAGAUCCCCCGGACCGCCGCCGCCGCCGACCGUGAAAGCCCAGGCGGCUCUGUCGUCCAAGGAGACGGUGCAGCUGAACCAUGUGGACGGCUCGUCUAAACAGCCGCAAGCAGGGCUGGAUCGCUACUCGCUGAACGCCGAGAGACCCCGUUUUGACUAUCCGGCCAUUGGCGCCCACGCUGGCAGGCUCCCGAACGGCCUGAGCGGUCCAAACGGCUUCCCGAAACCGGACGAUGGUCCCCCGGAGCUCAACAGGCAGAGCCCCAACUCUCGCAGGAAUCACGGAAUGGUGGCCGUCCCCGGCCAGAUGAACGUGCCUCCCAAUCUUCUCCCCCAGACCCUGCUGAAUGGCCCAUCUGCGGCUGCGGCCAUCGCCCCGCAUGGGCUGGCGAGCCGACCGCCGCCGCCUCCCACCAGCCUGGGACCUGCCCUGGCCAUGGCCACCCAGUCCAUGUCCGACGUGGGGAAGAGACCGGGCUCCGUGUCCAGCACGGACCAGGAGAGGGACCUGAAGGAGAAGCAGCGGAGCGCAGAAGCCCUGGCGGAGCUCAGCGAGAGCUUGAGGAAUCGGUCCGAGGACUGGGCGAACAAGCCCAAGAUCGUGAGGGAGACUUUAAUCACGCUGUCGAACUGCACCCCCUUCGACGUGAGGUUCAAGAAGGACCACUCGCUGGUAGGUAGGGUGUUCGCUUUUGACGCCGUUUCCAAGCCAGGAAUGGACUACGAGUUGAAAAUAUUCAUCGAGUACCCCAGUGGAUCUGGUAACGUGUUUUCCAGCGCGUCGGGAGUGGCUAAACAGAUGUACCAGGACUGCAUGAAAGAUUUUGGUCGGGGACUUUCUUCCGGCUUCAAGUACCUGGAGUACGAGAAGAAACACGGCUCGGGGGACUGGCGGCUUCUGGGCGACCUGCUGCCGGAGUCGGUCCGCUUCUUCAAGGAGGCGCUGGGCUCCGAGAUGCUGCCGCAGCCCUACAUCGACGCCAGCUGCCCCCUGCUGCCCACGGCCCUGGUCAGCCUGCAGCGCUCCGGGCCGGCCGCCAGCGCGCCCCGGGCCGGCAUGCGCAAGAGGAAGGCGUCCCCGGAGCCCGACUCCGCCGACGGGGCGCUCAAGCUGUCGGAGGAGCAGCAGCGGCAGCAGUGGAUGGCGAGCCAGAGCGAGGCGCUGAAGCUGACCAUGACGGCCGGGGGGUUCGGCGCCGCGCACGGGGGACCCCCGCCCCUGGGACCCGGCCACCCCGCGCAUUCCAACCGGACCACCCCCCCCGAGAGCGCCCCCCAGAACGGGCAGUCGCCGAUGGCGGCGCUGAUGUCGGUGGCGGACACCCUGGGCAAUGCCCACUCUCCGAAGGACGGGAGCUCGGUCCACUCCACGACGUCCGCCAGGCACAACAGCAGCAGCCCGGUCUCUCCAGCCUCCAUACCCGGCCAGCGGCGCCUGGCGUCGCGCAAUGGGGACAUGAACCUUGCCGGGGCGCCCCCACCCCCCAGCAGCCACCCUGGCAUGGAUCAAGUCCACCCUCAAAACAUUCCGGACUCGCCCAUGGCCAACAGCGGCCCGCUGUGCUGCACCAUUUGUCACGAACGAUUGGAAGAUACGCACUUCGUCCAGUGCCCCUCGGUCCCUAACCACAAGUUCUGCUUCCCCUGCUCUCGGGAAAGCAUCAAGGCACAGGGGGCAACGGGCGAGGUGUAUUGCCCGAGCGGAGAGAAGUGUCCCCUGGUGGGUUCAAACGUGCCUUGGGCGUUUAUGCAAGGGGAGAUAGCAACCAUCUUGGCUGGGGACGUCAAAGUGAAAAAAGAGAGAGACCCUUAGAAAUUCUGAAGAAGAAAUGAGAUAUAUAUAUAUACACGUUGUGAAUAUUGCAAACGGACAAAAUUAGUCUUAUGUACAGACAUUAUUUUCGUCGUAUGUUUCUAUAUUUUGAAACAGAAGGUAUGUACACUUCAUUUGAAGGAUGAAGCUGUUUUGUUAAACAGAAGUUAUUGACUGGUUACUGCAUAACUGUUUUUAUUUCGGUGGCAGUGCGUUGGCUAGGUCCAGAGUUAAAGCACUUGGCAAUUACUGCUGCUAACGUUUUAGUUUUUAAUUUUUUUUGUUUGUUUUGUAAAAUCAUGCACUUCUCUAGAUUACCAAGGCCAGUGUCUACACUUACAAAGUGCAAACGAAUUGUUGAAAUAUGUUUAUGAAGCCCUGGUCUCAGUCUCACUUUGUUGUUUGCAGAGGUAAGGGGGUAUUUUGAUUUUUGUUCCUUCUUUUUUGUUUUGUAAUAUUUACUAGGGCAAUGUCUCAUUUUUACCUUGUGUUUUUUUUUUUAAACUACCUGUUUUGAUUUUCAUAUUUUUCUUGUUUUCGCUCCUCUUUUGCUUUAUCGAUGCACGGAUGCUUAAAAGUAGAGCAAAAUGCUGUACAUGAACAUGCUCUGUUUGUUUAUCCAUUUCUGUAGUAACAGAAGACUGUAACGUGCCUUGGAGCUGAGUAAAUUGUAAUAAAUUCAAUUGAUAUUAA